AUUUAAUAAAUAUGACUGACUUUGGCGGAGAUUCCGGUGGGAGGCUCAAAGGCGUGACCAUUGUCAAGCCGAUUGUUUACGGGAACAUAGCGCGCUCCUUUGGCAAGAAACGAGAGGAGGACGGACACACGCAUCAAUGGAAGGUCUAUCUGAAGCCUUUCCAAAACGAGGACAUGUCCAUUUACGUCAAGAAGGUGCAUUUCAAGCUACACGAGAGCUAUGCGAAUCCGAACAGGAUCGUCGUGAAGCCGCCGUAUGAGAUCACAGAGACUGGAUGGGGCGAGUUCGAGGUGGUCAUCAAGAUCUACUUUAAUGACCAGUCGGAGCGGCCUGUGACGUGCUACCACAUCCUCAAGCUCUUUCAGUCGCCGGUCGUCGAUGGUGAGCUCACCUCCAGCACCACAAUGGACACUAAGAAGGGCCUUGUAUCGGAGUCCUACGAGGAAAUCGUUUUCCAAGAACCCACACAAAUCAUGCAGCACUACUUGCUUCUCUCGGAACAAAGCGCCAAUGGCCUGCUAACCCACGACACCGACUUUGAGGAGAAGAAGACAAAAACUUUGGAUAAUAUUGUCAACGUAAAGCAGAAAGUGAAAGUGGAGAUCGUUACACUCAAGGACAAACUGAAGCUGGCACGAGAAACUAUAUCAAAGUUCAAGGCGGAAUUGGCAAAGGUUCAAAAGCCACCUGCGUAAUAAGCAUUGGAUUAAAAGUCUGGAGAUCCAUAUACUAUAUUUGUAAUUAUUUUUAGGUCAAAUAUAAGUACGAAAAAUUGAAA